AUGAAUGGGCUUAGCAAAAGGGGUCAUACUAAAAAAACUUUCGAUUUGCUUAGGGUAUUGGAACAAGGAAGCACUAAGCCCGAUGCAUACAUCUAUAGCAUUGUUAUAGAUGCCCUAUGCAAAGAUAGGAUCUUAGAUGCUGCUAUUAGCCUUUUUGAAGAGAUGAAACAAAAAGGCAUUCCUCCCAACGUUGUCACAUAUAGUUCAUUGAUUGAUGGUUUAUAUGGACUAUGUAAAGAGGGAAAAGUUGAAGACGCUGAGGAGGUAAUGAGACAUAUGAUUGGAAAAGGUGUAGAGCCAGAUGUGGUCAGCUACAAUGUGAUAAUCGAUGGAUAUUGCUUACGUGGCCAAAUGGAUAGAGCAAGGAGACUUUUCGAUACAAUGAUAGGUAAGAGCAUUAAGCCUGACAUUGUUAGCUAUAACACUUUAAUAAAUGGAUUCUGUAAGAACAAUAAAUUGGAUGAUGCCAUGGAUUUGUUUCAUGAAAUUUCUCGAAACGGAUUGGAACCUAGCAUUGUUACCUACAAUAUUAUCUUGCAAAGUCUACUUGAAGUUGGAAGGAUUGAAUUUGCGCAAAAAUUCUUUGCUGAGAUGCUAUCUAUAGCGCUCAAACCUGAUUUAUGUACUAAUCGCAUUUUGCUCGGUGGUUAUUUCCAGAAUGGGCUACUUGAGAAAGCUAUGUCGCUAUUCCAUGAGUUGGAAGUAAAGAGAGAAGAUACUGAUAUUGAACUUUAUAAUAUUCUAAUUGAUGGAUUGUGCAAACAUGGCCGGUUCGACAAAGCUCAUGUUAUUUUUUAG